AUGAUGCAAGCCAAGAAGAUCAAGUACGACGUCAUCGGACUGACCGAGACGAGACGACGCCACCCUCUCAACGCCGUAUAUGAAACUGGGGAAGAACUGUUCUUAGGAACAUGCGACAGUAGAGGUGUUGGUGGAGUCGGCGUCCUCGUCAACAUGAGUACGGCAAAGAACAUCGACUCUUUCGAAAAACUUACGACCCGAAGCGGACGUCUGUGGAUGAGAAGAUGUGGUCCAACACCAGCUUUGAUUAUCUUCGUCGGUUACGCUCCAACAUCAAGCUACCAAGAAGAAAAAGUCGAAGCUUUCUAUAUGGGGUUGGAGAAGUUCUGCCAAGAAGAUCAUGCCUUCUACAAGAUCAUAAUUUCAAAGCUAAAGUUCUGCUUGACGGACGUCGCUGUUGUGCCAAAGUUCUAUACGGGAUCAGACCAUCGCCUCCUCCGAGGAAGAUUUCCCUUCACAAGGAGAGAAGAGAAAGCCGCCAAGUUCAGAGAGAGAAAUCCCAGGACUAUCAUCAACUGGGAUCUCUUCGCUACGCUAGCCGGCUUUUGGGAAGAUUCCGCAAUGGACAACAUCGACGAGGAAUAUGACCGUCUCGUUGAACACCUUCACGACUGCACGAAGAAGGCUGAGAGUUUUAAAACCAUCAAGAGACGCCUGUCUCUUGAAACUCUUGAGCUGAUAUGCCAGCGUGGAGCAGCACGAGCCGCAGGGAGCCAAGAACUCACGUCCGAGCUCGCGAGAGUUUGCAAGCAGGUGAUAAAGGAAGACCUUAAGGAGAGAAGGGUGAAAGUGCUGGCUGAAGCUGCAGAGACGGGGAAAAGCAUCCGCUAUGCCCGUCGAGACUUCGCCAGUUGCAAGACGAGAAUGACUGCUCUCCGGAACACGAAGGGAACAACCACUGCAUUGAGAAGGGGAAUGGAGAAAAUCAUCUACGACUUCUACUCUGAUCUCUUCGACAGCCAUAGGUUCUCCGAAAUAGGAUAUGCUAUCAUGUCAGUAAGAAAUCGUACGGCACCCAGUCCCGACAGAAUAAGACCAGAACACCUGAAGAACCUUCCGCCAGUACUCUUUACACGUUACCUGUCGGAAUGCAAGGUUCCUAAACAGUGGAAGAGCAGCAAGACCGUGUUGUUGUAUAAAAAGGGAGAUCCACAUGACAUCGGCAACUAUCGUCCAAUCUGCUUACUGUCCGUCAUGUACAAGCUCUUUACAAGAGUGAUCCUUAAUAGGAUUGAAAAAGUCUUGGAUGAAGGACAGCCAUGCGAGCAAGCAGGGUUUCGAGAAGGAUUCAGCACGAUUGACAACAUUCACACUGCUUCGAAACUCAUCGAGGUAUCACGAGAGUACAAGAUGCCGCUCUGUCUCACCUUCAUGGACUUGAAGAAGGCCUUCGACAGUUGA